AUGCUGAUGAAAGAAAUAGUUUUUACGCUAACAAUUCCUACUUACAGUAGUCUUAUCAUUAUAAUUAUCGUUUUAGUCUUCGUUUCUUUUUAUUUGAUUUGCUACUUAGAUCAGCCCAGAAGUAAAACUACGAUUUGGACUGUUGUUGAAUUCACCAAGGACGACGAUUAUCGGGAAAUAUCCUGCAUUCCCAACAAUUGGGUCUUCAGCAAAAACGACGAAUAUCAUAUAAGGAAGCUAUUUCCUUUGAGAAAAAAAAAUGAAAAGGUAACUGAGUCAGAGGGAGAAGAAGUUCGUUCCAAGAAACGCAAACGAAAGGCAAUUUGUCUUAAGGAUUUUAUAACUGAUGUACUAGAAGAAGAGGAAGAUGAUCAAAUUCCACCUCCGCCAAAAAUUAUUAAAGCACCACCUUCGCCAGCUACGACAGUGCCUUCACGAUCCCUAAAUGAUAUUUUAUUUGCCAAAUCCUAUGGUGACAUUGCCACUACUUCUGGUGAUACUUUAUCAGUAAGAAGCUUGGAACGUAAUAAUAAUGAUUCACCUGCGACCUUAUCGUUAGGUUCAGAAGUUAAUACUUCUCCACAAGACUCCUUAAUCAUUACUGAACCAUGUAAUGUUGAUGAUCAAAUUGUAGACAAACUAAAUGAAAUUAUAAGAAAAACCACUCGGGUAGAAAUUAUGGUGAAAAGAUUAUUACAAAAAAUUAGUAAUGAUCCUACACAUACCCCAUUACAUAAUACUGACAGUAUUAGUAAUACAUGUAUACAACCUUUUACAAAGUACCGGCUGUUAUGUGAAUACGAAGAAAGAUUAAAAUCUGGCGAGGACGCCAGAAAAGAACUGGACAACAUUUUCCGCUUAUGUGGAGGCAACUCCACUAAAGAAAAUAUAAAAAGGGGUUUGCGCCGCAUAUUUGAUGAUAAAUUGGCUCGUAAAUGCUCUUGGCUGGGUAGAAAAAAUAAUUUUCAAGUGUCUAACUUGAUCAUUAUGGAUGUACUAAAAAAUGCAGUUCGAAAAAAUUUUCCGUUAUUAACCGACAAAAUAUUUGAAUUAACUGUUUCUACAUGGCUGAGACAAGCAAAUCUUCGCUUCACGAGAAAACUUGAGAAAUAGUUGUAUGUAUAACUUUAACUUCCUGUCAGUAUUUUUUUAUAUUUUUUGUAUUUUGUUUUAUUUUAACUGUGCACUUUGUAAGUUACUUUUGUUUAAAAUUACCAUAUCAUAUAUGUAAUAAAUACAU